ACCAGGGAGCUGCUGGUUGCAUUGGUAAUAUGUAAAUAGUGGUGAGUGACCGGUUGCAAGUGCUUCGCGGGUUUGGAGGUUGUUUUUUUCGUGCAAGUGCGUUAAUCAAACUGAAAAUGCCUCCCAAAAAACGUGAGAAAGACACUGAUAUAUCUAAGAACCCGAGAAUGGAUCAGAUACAAGCAGAUCACGAGUUAUUUCUUCAAGCCUUUGAAAAACCUACACAGAUAUACAGAUUCCUUAGAACAAGAAACAUGCUGUCUCCCGUAUUUUUAAACAGAACUCUGAGUUACAUGAAACAGCGCAUGUCCCGCACCAACAAAAGCAGAAAAAAUUUCAGUGUUGACAACUUAAUGGAUAUGGUAGUGAAGAGGAAUAAGGAAAGCAUACAGCCUGAAGUGAUGCGCGGUUAUAUGACGCUGACGUUUCUUGGCUUUUAUGAUAAGAAAGUUGAAGCUCAUCAUGAACCAGUUAAGGUUGAAACACUUUUGUUGAAAAUUUGUCACAAGAAGCGGAAAGAUGUUUCCUCACCUUUCAUGCAGGUUUCUGUUGGAACUAGUGAGGUGGCAAUAAAUCCAUCAGAAGAGCAGCCACCACCAAAAGCUCCAACUGUCUCCAUACCAACAGAAUCUUUCAGCCUAUCCAAUGGCCAUUUAGUCAAAUCCUACAUGCUGCUGCUUAGGGUCAGCUGUAAUAGUGUUGGUGCUCAAGUAAAUGACACUGAUGUCUUGGAACCCGCACAGAAACGACGCAAAUCUUCUGGUCCAGCCAAAGCUCAAGGCCAAAAUCAACCAGAAGAAGUCAAACUGUAUGGAGCUGAGCUAGUAGUUUAUGACAAACAUAAUCGCUGUCUUCUCACAGAUGGUGACUAUGAACUUAUACUACAGGAAGUUCAAGCUAGUGUAAGGCAGUCACCUAAGAAGCAUUCCUCCUGGGAGGCAAUUGGAGAAGUAAAAGAGGACACUGUACCCUUCCAAGUAUUCAGCAAGGGUCCUACGUUAAAGUUUAGACUCAACUGGACAACAGAGCCAAGUAAUGGAUUAGUGGAUAGACCUAAGCCAAUUCGUCCUCAUGAUCAGUGCCUUGAUUCAAAUAGCAAUAAGGAGAACAGACCAGAGCGUUGUAACAACAGUACAAAGGUUGUUGCACCAAUCAAGAAGGAACCUCGUCUGCAGAUUGUAUACCAGUUUUUGUACAACAAUAAUAGCCGACAACAAACAGAAGCAUGUGAAGAUCUAACGUGUCCUUGGUGCUCUCUUGAUUGUGUUGUACUCUAUGCUUUGCUCAAGCACCUGAAACUGUGUCACUCACGUUUCACAUUUACAUAUGUUCCAAUUCCACAAGGUGCCCGUAUUGAUGUAGCCAUAAAUGAAUGCUAUGACGGCUCAUAUACAGGAAGUCCACAUGACCUCAUAUCACAACCUCCUGGGUUUGCAUUUUCACGUAAUGGCCCAGUUCGCCGAACUGCUGUGUCUAACAUUCUUGUGUGCCGUCCAAAACGACCAAAACCUAGCCUCUCAGAAUUCCUGGAGCUUGAUGAGAAUGAAUUCGAUGGUCAGCGGCCAUACAUAACUGGUCACAAUAGGUUAUAUCACCAUACAACAACGUGCCUGCCAAUUUAUCCAAAGGAGAUGGACGUGGAUUCAGAAGGAGAACAUGAUCCUAAGUGGCUACAAACUAAAACAAUGAUGAUGAUUGAUGAAUUCACAGAUGUGAAUGAGGGUGAAAAGGAGCUCAUGAAAAUGUGGAACCUUCAUGUUAUGAAGCAUGGAUAUGUUGGUGACUGCCAGAUUCCGUUGGCUUGUACAAUGUUUUUGCAAGCUAAGGGAAAGGAGCUGUUGCAGAAGAAUUUAUAUCGCAAUUUUGUGCUUCACAUGUGUAGCUUGUUUGACUUUGGUCUGGUGAGUCCUGUUACACACUAUACAACCAUCCAGCGCUUACAAGAACUUAUUAGUGAAAGUGGUGACGUACGCAAUAUAUUACAAGAGUCAUGGCAGACACAACGCAAAAUGUGGGAGCUUCAAGGAGCAGCUGGUGGUGAAGCUCCUCCAACUCCACGCCGAAAAUCACCACCGAAAACUGCUACAGCUCCUGCAUCAUCACAGUCAGGCUCUUCAGUCUCUUCACACCAGCAGCUGCAAGGUGGCAUAGCGAGCCCACACCAGGGUGGUGAGUGUGUUCCUAGGCGCAAAUCACCUCCUGCUGGCUGCCCAGCACCUGGCCAACAACAGGGUCCUGGUCCCAAUGGUGGAAACAGAACAGUAAUGUCUGCUACAAAUGGCAGCCACAGUGCUUCUACAAAUGGCACUUCACAACUGCAAGCAGCCGAUGGCCCACGUCAGCGGCGAUCAGAGCAGUCACCAUCUGCCUCGACACUUCCACGUCGCAAGUCUGCUGCCGACAGCUCUACUCCUACACCUGCUCACCAGCUGCCACAGAGGAGAAAAUCUGUUGGCCCUGCCCCCGAACGAGAGCGCAGAAGGUCUCCAGGGAAGGUGCAACAACAGCCACAGUCAGGCUGUGAACCUCACCCUCCCCCGCCACCUCCACCAGCUCGUCGGAAGUCGCUCGGUCUUUCAGUAGCAAAUGGAAACAUUUUAACCACGCACAAUGGCCAGUCACCAGUUGGGGAUGCUGCUUCUCCAACACCUGCCCAGCAGCAGCGCAGGAAAUUGCAACAGGCUGCUGGUGACACACAAAACCAUCUAUGCAGUUAGCCAGAACUGAAUGUGCCAAGAACUCCUAGAACUGUAUGCGGCUGUUCUGAAGGGGUGGAAAGCUCAUGAGACAUACUGAAAGAUGGUUUGCCAUUUGUGAUGAAAUGUGCACAUGUGUGGUUUUGCCAGUCUUAUGUGCCACUAUUCCUGUCUGGUGAACUUCGCUGUGGCAGUUUAUGUGCAGUGCUAGUCUGUGUAACAUUUUUGGCAUCACAUCAUUCUGUCGACGUGUUUUAUUGGGGUUCACUGAGUAUCACACUUUUCAGCGAGCAUUUGUCAGCAGGUGUGGGUCAUAUGUUUAGUACAGUGAUAAAUCUGUUACACACAAAUAUAUACAUCUCAGUGGAACCCAGAUUUUACUGUCACGCUCCCUAAAAGAAAAGAAAAAUAGGAAGUCUGAGUAACAUCACUGCCAUGAUUUUCAUCAUUGUUUUUAAGUGUUACUUCCAUUUUGAAACUGAGUGUCAGUAGAAUAUAUUUUAUAUAUCAUUUUCAUUUUUAAGAAAUUUAGUAAUUACAGCUGUUGAAAUGCAUUAGCAGUUAUGCUGUGUGAUUGAAUGUUGCUUGAGGAAAAAUCUAUUUAUUUAAUUGUUCUGAAGUAGCCUCUCAAGCGCUUUGGGAAGGUUGCUUCUAACUUAAUUGGCACGCAAUGGGAAAAAUUGCCAAGAAAUCUAUAAUCAAAAGUAAUUAAAUAUUGUUUAGAAAAUUAUUUUGAUGACAAGGUCUGAAUGCAGUUGUCAUAUUACUGGCAAAGGUGUACCAAGGUAAUAUCACUGAUCAGUUACUGAAGUUACUUUAGCAGUAUGAAAAAUUUAUACAGAGAUAACAUCUAAUGAGACAAUUUUUCUUUAAUUUUUUAAUAGCUGUGACCAGUUAGUGUCUGGUUUCUGCUUAUGAAUUUGUAAUUUUUUAAACUGAUUUGACCAAUUAACUUUUAAUUUCCUUUUGCAAAUCUGGGUUCCACAGAUUCUGUCUCAUAGAUGCAUUUCAGUUUAAUGCACACUUUUGAAAAAUUUUGAUGACGAUGAUGUAAUAUUUGUUGAUUUUAAUCUUUUUCAAUUUUUUUUGAAUAAUUAUACAAGAAAGAUGUUAGUCUGCUGUAUUUGCAGUGUUACUAUAUUGUAUAUUUGUAUACUUAGCAUAUCUGAUUUUUUUUGGUCUUGAUAUUUUGUGAUUUUUUUUUUUAGCUCUAUUUCAUGCUUUGUGUCCAUCUAAUAAAAUAUUAUUAUGAAUUGAAUUCAAUAAUCAUCCACAUUUCUGUCCUGGUGCGUGCUGAAAUGUGAUCUCAUUUUUACACUGCCAUUUAUGUCGUUUCCCACUGAGAAACAUUGUGCUAUUAAACAGCAAUUCUUUCUCCAGUAAUCUAGUCACUGGAAUGCUUUCCUCUCAUUCCCUGUUUCUAGGAAUGGCUACGGCCUGCUGUGUGAUGGUGCUUGUUCCAUUACAGCGUUCACUGCCUGUUUGUGAUGUAUGGUGUUGAUUUGAAAGUGAAAUAAAUUUUACAAUGUUUCUGUACUUGACUGUGAGUAGUUUUUAAAUAGAUGUGUGCUGCAAAUCAGAUGGUGACACUUUUGUAAUAUGUACAUAAUUGCUUAUGAAAGAGAGCUGUAUAAGGUAAGAGAACAUAAAAUAAAUAAAUGUGUAUAAAUAAAUUGUAAAUUUGUUGUAUCUGUUACAAAUUAGUGGUCAGCAACCUGUGCUAAUUGUAUAGUGCAAAACUCACUUUCUGAUGAUGGAAGAGAAAACUGUGUUAAAAUUUUCUUUGAAUAGUAUGAAUUACUUUAGCGUCAGUAAAACUUAUUAAUGUACUCUCUAUGUAACAAUAAAAUAAGCAUUCCACAAGGAAAUGAAAGAGCAGGUGUAUGUUGUUUCCCUUCUCCUUAUGAACCCACCUGUACAACUUUCACCCCACUGUCAUCCAGUGCUGUUAUUUAAAUAAUAAAUUUCUUAAAUGUGAUGGCAGGAGUAGUGUGCUUUGUCAUUCUUUGCUAGAAACCUGUUACUUAAAGAGUAAUAAUGUACAAGACAUUGACAGUUUCUUAAACUGGAAAAAAGAAACACUGCAGUUUUGUCUAAUGAAAGUAAGGUCACUAGCCUGUUUUUUUCCUGUUAUGCAGUAUGUAGUUGAUCUCGUGUGUUCAGACUCCUGAUAUUUCAUAUUACUAGACAGAGCUGUAUGUUAUACCAUUACAAAGGGAAACACAUUUAAUUAUUUACAAUUAAGUAGUGAGAACUGAUGUGAAAAGUCACAGUAGGUGAAAAAAGUGUAGGGGUUGGGAUUACAAGGAUAUGAUAGACCAAAGAAAUAGCGUAAAAACAAACUAGAAAUAAAAUGAAGGGUGAAACAUUUCAGAAUGUGUGUAUAGUGUUGAACACAAUCUGGUUAAACUUCACCAAUUUUCCUUUACAGUACCCUGUUCUUGUUUGUUUUAGACAUCUCUCUAAACACUAGUAUUGGAGGGUGAUGACCAUGCCAGUCACAUUCCUCUAAUAGCAUUUGUUUACUGUCUGCUUAUAGAAGUACUUUCACAUUCAAAAGUUGUGAAACUGUAUCUUUUUACCUUGUAUAUUUUUCACUGGCUUACUGUUGCAGUCAAUAUGUGACAGUACGUUGAAGGUGUACCUUGGUAAUAAUUUAUAGAGGUUAUUUAUAAAACUCCCCAUAAAGCUCUGUACAUAAAUAUAAUGCAUGGUUAAUGAAAUACCUCUACAGUUCAGAAUUUAAGUUUUAUAGUGAACAUGGUUUUUAGCUUGCAUUCAGAAGUGAGAAUUGUGCAUCACAACAUUUAAAUCGUGAAAAUAUCUACUUUCCUAUGCUGAAGGUUCAGAUGAGAAAUAUUACAAAGAAUAAUUGGUUUUCAAAUUUUUUUGACAAACUCUCAUUCUGAUUGAUAAUGCAAUGCAGUUACAGAGUUUUUUAAUUUCACUAACUUACAAUUGACGCUGUUUGAGAGCUGUAUCUCUGUGGUUAACUUAGAUACAAAUCAGUGUUAACACAAGUUGUCACUGACUGACGGGCUAUGUAGUUCAAUUCUUUCUCGAAAUAUGCCGUUGGAAAAUUGAUGCUAAGGAGUAUUUAAUUAACAGGCUGCUGACCAUAUAAUAUCUUCCUCAAUUUUAAUUUCUUGUUUAUCUACUGAAAAGCCACGUUGUUGACGAUUUGCGUACACAGCAUUCCUUGAAAAGUGUUCAGUCAAAUAAAAUGUAAUGAAUAUUUGACACCUUAUAGAAAAUAAGGAAUGAUAAUUCUAAUUAUUAUUAAUAUUAAUAAUAAUUAUCAGGGUUCCACACUGCCAUUAGUGUAAUGAUGUAAAACUGCAGUUUGUGGUAUACAUGACGAGUGUUUUGUAAUUUAUAUUUGUCCUUAGGGCUACUGGUUCAUGUUUACUUUUAAAUGAUAUAUGUCUACAUAUUACAUGAGAGAGUGAAAAAAUAAA